AUGUCGACCAUAUCGCAGGCAAUCGUCGCCGACCACCGCAAGCUUGAAAAGUGCGUCAACGAAGUGACCAACAACCCAGGCAACCAGGACCACCAGCAGGCCUUCGGGAACCAGUUCGUCUGGGAGCUCGCCCGCCACUCGGUCGGCGAAGAACUUGUCGUCUAUCCCGCCAUGGACAAGCAUCUCGGCGAGAAGGGCCGAGAGAUGACGGAAUCCGACAGGCGGGAGCACCAUUCCGUCAAGCAGAUGCUCAAGGAGUUUCAAGACACCGAGGCCACCGACCCACACUACGUGAAGCGGCUCAAGAUGAUUUGGGAACGGCUCACCAAGCACAUCAAGGAAGAGGAGCACGAGCAUCUCCCGGCCCUCGAGAAGGCGCUCGAAUCUGCCGGCGGAGAGUCGCAGGCCAUGGCGAGGUCGUUUGAACGCACCAAGCUCUUCGUGCCGACUCGCAGUCACCCCAGCGCCGGGGAGCAUCCGCCGUUCGAAACCGCCAUGGGUCUGCUCGCCGCUCCAAUCGACCGCGUUGCUGACCUCUUUCGGAAGUUCCCGGACCAGGACAGGGUGUAG